AUGAGCCAGUUCUUCAGGAGAGUGUGGAGGGUUCGAGCUCCAGAACGAGUGUGUGCCUUCUUCUGGCUUCUGGGCAACAACGGGAUCAUGACGAAUCAGGAGAGGGUUCGUCGUCAUAUUGGAGAUACUGACAUUUGUCAGAUUUGCAAAGGAGGAGUUGAAUCUACCUUACACAUUCUGCGAGACUGCCCUGCAAUGAGUGGAAUCUGGGAGCGUAUUGUUCCACGUGGGAAACGUCAAACCUUCUUUGCUAUGCCUCUUUUUGAAUGGAUGUUCGAGAAUCUGAGUGAUGGGUCAGACACAGGUGUCGGAUCGUGGUCUACGCUGUUUGCUGUUGCUGUGUGGUGGGCUUGGAAAUGGAGGUGUGGAGGAGACAGAGAGGGAAUACAUGAAGAGAGAUUGGUAUCUUGGUUGCCACCGUUAGUGAGUUGGACGAAGUUGAAUACAGAUGGCGCAUCACGUGGGAAUCCGGGCUUAGCAGCGGCCGGUGGAGUUUUGCGAGAUGGGGAUGGCCGAUGGAUUGGUGGGUUCGCUUUAAACAUUGGGAGGUGUAAUGCACCUAUGGCGGAGCUCUGGGGACUAUAUUAUGGAUUGUGCAUCGCGUGGGAGAAAGGAAUAACGAGACUUGAAGUCGAGGUGGAUUCUCUGAUGGUGGUUGGUUUUAUUAAGACAGGGAUUUGUGAUACUCACCCUCUGUCUCCCCUGGUACACUUGUGCCAUGGCUUUUUGAUGAAGGACUGGGAAGUCCGAAUUGCUCACGUGUAUAGGGAAGCUAAUCAUCUAGCAAAUGGAUUGGCAAACUAUGCAUUUUCUUUACCUUUGGGUUUACAUACGUUUGGUUCAGUCCCUUUGGACUUGCUUUCUGUUUUGCGAGAUGAUGAGUAUGGAAACUCAGUAUCGCGGCGUGUCCGUGUGUAA